AUGUCCAAGCUGGAGCAGGUGCUGCAGAUAGAGCCGCAGAAUGAGUUGCGUUUCAGGGGGCCUUUCGUGGUGCCCGUUACAUCGUAUAUGAAGCUUACGAACCCCUCCGACAAGACUGUUAUGUUCAAAAUAAAGACGACGGCCCCAAAAAAGUACUGCGUGAGACCGAAUGCGGGCAUACUCGACCCCAACUCCAGCAUACAGAUCGCGAUAUGUCUGCAACCGUUUCAGUUCGAUCCUGCCGAGAAGAACAAGCACAAGUUCAUGGUGCAGAGUACCUUUGCCCCCGAAGGGGACAUUAGCGUUGAUCAGGUUUGGAAAGAAAUCCAGCCAGAUCAACUGAUGGAUUCCAAGCUGAAGUGUGUGUUUGAAAUGGUUGUGGAUCAGAAUGCAACAGCAGAAGAGCCCAAGGCCAGUCCUAAGGUAUGUGUUGAUGACUAA